ACAUCACUGGUCAUUACAUAUAACCAGUUGGACCCCUCUGGCGUAUCAGAGGCACCCACCCGCUAAAACAACUGCAAUUGAUGCCUGCGUCACCAUGCGUGAAAUUGUACAUCUACAAAUUGGACAAUGUGGCAACCAAAUCGGCUCAAAGUUUUGGGAAGUAAUCAGCGAGGAACAUGGAAUAGGCAAGACGGGCAUCUAUGAGGGUGACAGCAGAGUCCAAUUGGACAGAGUCAACGUAUACUUCAAUGAAGCACACGGUGGUAAAUAUGUACCUCGGUCUCUGCUGGUUGACCUGGAGCCUGGAACCAUGGACAGCAUCAGAGGGAGUCAAAUCGGUGUUCUGUUUAGGCCGGACAACUUCAUUCAUGGCAACUCGGGUGCCGGCAAUAACUGGGCGAAGGGCCACUACACGGAGGGGGCAGAGCUGAUCGAACAGGUGAUGGACCGGGUGAGGAACGAAAGCGAGAGCUGCGACUGUCUGCAGGGCUUCCAGUUGGUUCACUCCUUAGGCGGCGGCACAGGUUCCGGUAUGGGGACCCUAAUGAUCAACAAGAUCCGAGAGGAGUACCCCGACCGGAUCAUGACCAGCUUCAGUGUAAUGCCCUCGCCAAAGGUUUCCGACACUGUGGUGGAGCCUUAUAACGCCACCCUGUCGGUGCACCAGCUCCUGGAGAGCACGGAUGAGACCUUCUGCAUCGACAACGAGGCGCUGUACGACAUCUGCUUCCGCACACUCAAACUCACCACGCCUACAUACGGGGACCUCAACCACUUGGUGUCCAUGACCAUGAGUGGGGUCACCACCUCCCUGAGAUUCCCCGGUCAGCUCAACGCCGACCUUAGGAAGCUGGCGGUCAACAUGGUGCCGUUCCCCCGCCUUCACUUCUUCAUGCCUGGUUUUGCCCCACUGACGGCGCGCGGUAGUCAGCAGUACCGCGCCCUUAGCGUACCUGAGCUCACCCAGCAGAUGUUCGACCCCCGCAACAUGAUGACAGCCUGCGACCCCAGACGGGGCCGCUACCUCACAGUUGCCGGCGUCUUUCGCGGGAGGAUGUCCACCAAGCAGGUGGAUGAACAAAUGCUAGCGGUCCAGCAGAAGAACAGCAACUACUUUGUGGACUGGAUCCCACACAAUGUCAAGGUCGCUGUGUGCGACGUCCCUCCUCGAGGCCUUAAAAUGGCCUCCACGUUCAUUGGCAACAACACGGCCAUUCAGGAAAUAUUCCGCCGAGUGGGCGAUCAGUUUGCGCUGAUGUUCAGGCGCAAGGCCUUUCUCCACUGGUACACGGGAGAGGGAAUGGAUGAGAUGGAGUUCACGGAGGCCGAGGGCAACCUCAAUGACCUGGUGUCGGAGUACCAGCAGUACCAAGACGCCACUGCUGACAUGGAGUCCGAAAUGGAGGACGAAGACGAGCAGGAGCCGCCUGACAAGUCCACAGCCACAAGGAUUCAGUCUCGGAUGGAAGUUAUGGAGGAAAUAGUGACAGAAACAAUUUGAGAAACCGUGGAUGAGGACUAACCUUGAAACGUUGCCUCAACAAAAUAUGUGAGGAAAUGGUGCUAUGGAAUACUUAUACACGUGUUAUUUAGCUGUACUGAUGUUUAAAGCAACACGCCACUGAAAAUUCAUUGCCCUUCAUUGUUUUUUGAAAUUUUUUGAGAGUAUGAUUUAAAUAUGUCAUUUUGAUACUUAAUCGGCUUCGUCUUUUUUUCAGGGAAUCAGAUGACAUUGAUAUUUGCACUAUUAAUGUUUAUACACACUGGACAAUACAUAUUCAGUUGUAUGUUGCUUUAAGAUGGAUUGUAGCUUUGAUUUAUUUGAAUAGAAUAUGUUUGCAGAUAGGGUAGCAAUUGUGGCUUUAAACGUCUGCCUCACAAUUGUAAAGUUUUGGGAUUGAAUUUCAACUCGGGGGAAUCUUGUGUGGAGUUUGUUCUCCCCUUGCUUACAGUAUAUGGGUUUACGCAUUCAAACAACAUGCUUGUUAGGUUCACUGGAGGCCAAAAUUGUCAAUUUUUGAUGUAUCCUGCCUCUCGCGCAGUCACUUGAGAUGGGCUAUAGCUAAUGAGCACAAGCUCAAUGGAUGGAUGGAUUUCUGGAAAUUGGCCUGAGCUCUCAUGAGUCCUCAAGACUACAGGUAGCUAGAGAAAUACUUGACUUUGCAUGAAGGUGUCACUGUCUCUGUAUUAAUUAAGAAAUCUGUAUUUCAUAUGA